AUGUCAAGGAAAGUCUGGAAGAAGUACAGUAUUUUAGAAGCUGUCAAGAACAUUGAGAGUGCUUGGAAAGAGGUCAAGAUAUCAAAUUUGAAUAGGGCCUGGAAAAAAUACUGUCCAAAUUUUGUGAUGGGCGUUGAGAAUCGAGAGUGUCUUAAUGUUGUUAGAAGGAACAUUGUUGAGUAUAGCAAGAAGCUCAAUUUGGAGGUGGAAGCUGAGGAUGUGAACAAGCUGCUGCAAUCCCAUGGAGAGGAGUUGUCAGCAGAGGACCCCAUUGAGAUGGAGAAGCAGAUGAUCGAGGAGGAGGAGGAGGAGGAGAAGGAAGAGGCACCAGCCACAAAGCCCAGUGCUGAAUGCUUGUCACAAGCUUUGGCCCUCUUUAAGCAAGGGCUGGUAAUGAUCAAGGACCAGGAUCCGAAAGUGGAAAGAUUCACGGAGUUUGAAAAAGAAAUUCAGUAUGCUCUAACCUUUUACAAGAAGACUGUAAGCGAGAAGCAGAUGAAAGGAAGCGUCCAAUCUGAGCUAGAGAUUCAUGGCUUUAAGAGUAAUUCUCCAGCACCAAUCGCCACUCUUAACCCAGAAAAGAUGUCAUAUCCUGAUUCCACUGCACCCGACUUGGUAGAAGCAUCUGCACCAACCUCUCAUGGACUGAGCCACAGCCCUUCAAGUGAUGAUCCUCCACUGAUAGAACCAGAUGACCCACUGGCAUCUCCAGCUCUGUCUGUUAUGGCCUCAAAGACACAGAGACCUCUAGGUGAAGAUGCUAUCAACACACUUCUGAUUCAAUUUGAAAGUGACAUUGAGGACAACUUGGAGGUUCAGUCUGAGGGCAAGGAGGAGGAGGCAUUCGCCAUCUUUGUGGAAGAAGAGGAUAUGGAUGACCCGAAUCAGGGACAAACUGAGUUAGAGGGAGAUGAGGAGAGGAAAGAGGAGGCUACACCUGGACCCUCGACCUCUCGGAUGAGACAUGCUCUCCCCGGUCGAGAUUAG